AUGGAUUCAAGUGCCUCUGUUGUCUUGUCCUCUCCAUGCGCAAAGCUUCCAAACCUUGAAGGAAACCAUGGCAAUAUCGAAAAGGGAGGCGUUGCUCCUUUUAUUGACUCAGCUUUCCUUCAAAAACAAUCCCAAGUGCCCACUGGUUUCGUUUGGCCUGAGGCAGACUUGGUUUCUGCUCAUCAAGAGCUCAAUGAACCACUGGUGGAUCUUGAGGGUUUCUUCAAGGGUGAUGUUGUGGCAACUGAGAAUGCUGCCAAGGCCAUUAGGUCAUCUUGCGUGAGCCAUGGUUUUUUCCAAGUGAUCAACCAUGGGGUCGAUCUAAAUCUCAUCAAACUCGCUGAUGAUCAUUUGGAUAAAUUCUUCAAGCUUCCUGUAGAGGAGAAAGCAAAGGUAAAGAGGUGUCCUGGUAGCCCUUAUGGCUAUUCGGGUUCCCAUGCUGAUCGAUUUUCGGCCAAAUUGCCAUGGAAGGAAACUCUUUCUUUUGCUUUCCAUCAAGGUCCAAACCCAGUUGUGGCCGAUUUCUGCAAAUCCAAACUAGGCAAAGAUUUCGAAGAAACAGGGAGGGUCUACCAAAAGUAUUGUGAAGCAAUGCACAAUUUGGCUCUUUCAGUUACGGAGCUCCUGGCAAUUAGUUUGAAAGUGGAUCGAAUGCACUACAGAGAGUUCUUUGAAGAUGCUCACUCUAUCCUGAGGUGCAACUUCUAUCCAACUUGCCAAGAGCCAAGUCUUUCUCUUGGAACGGGACCUCAUUGUGAUCCAAUAUCCCUCACCAUUCUUUACCAAGACCAGGUUAGAGGGCUUGAUGUGUUUGUCAACAACCUAUGGCAGACGGUUCGACCUAUUCAAGGUGCCCUAGUCAUCAACAUUGGCGAUACCUUCUCGGCAUUAACGAAUGGCAUGUACAAGAGUUGCUUGCACAGGGCCGUCGUGAACAGCCAGAAGGAGAGGAGGUCAAUGGCAUUCUUUCUGUGCCCAAGAGAUGACAAGGUGGUGAAGCCCCCAGAGGAUCUUCUGUGCAUCGAGGGGAUGACAAGAAAGUUCCCGGAUUUCACAUGGUCAGAUUUUCUCCGAUUCACUCAAUAUAACUACAGGCCUGACGAAACUACCCUCCAAAAGUUCAGCAACUGGCUACUUGCUGCUGAUAAUAACAAACAUCUCUAGGAGGAGCUCUUGCUAUAGCUACUAGCUAGCAUGGAGAUGGAGUGCACCGCAGUUGGUUCUCUAAGCUUUUUUUAUUUUUAUUUUCUGAUCUAUUGCAGUUCUUGAGGGCUUGACCCACACAUUUAUCAAAUCCUAG